AUGAACAUCUCAACUAUUUUAACUAGCAUUCGUUUGCUACUGAGUGAGCCUAACCCAGAUGAUGCCUUAAUGGCUGAAAUUGUACCUUUAGAAGCUCAUGGAGCUUUAGUUCCAGAUUCCAGAAAAUCCAGACCAAGGGAGGGACAGGAUGAGAAAGAAACUUCGCCUAUCAUUUACAAACUGACAACAACACCAGUUAUGCCAUCUGGAAUGAACGACAAUGCUGAAAAGGAGGUUAUUGUACUGAAUAAUGAGAUAUUAGAUAUGCCAGCCAAACAGAGUGGCAGCAUGAGGAGGAAGCUUUGUUGA